ACGCAUGACUACACGGGAGGGUGUGCAAAACCCCGGACAGGGAUGAACAUCUGAUGCGCAGCAUCAUCGUUCACGUUACAUCCACGCUACUGGCCAGGCCGUUAUCCACCGGGUGGAGUUGAGACAACAAUGCGAGUGUAGUCGCCGGACACAAAGACGGAGUACAGUCAGUGAUCGGAGCAACCAAUACUGUGACCAGUAAGGGCUUAUGCUAAACGACAGACAGGGUUGGAAUGAGCCAUCGACACCUUUAACACCUUGAGGAUGUUGCAGUGGCAUUGUAUUUGGUUUGAUUUCUUUGUUUUGACGAGAGAGACAUCUCUCAUCUGAAGCGACUAGCACACAGACUCUAUAUGUACUGAGGAGGCCUGGAGUUACACUAACAAGAUGCUGAUUUCCCCAGAGAGGGUGAACAUGAGGACUCUGGUCUCUCGGGAUCCUUAAUGAAGGCCUGCCCCUCCAUACAGAGACAGAGGCUGUAUAGGGCUGAGAAGUGACCCAUCACCCCUCCAGCUGUUGGCCAGCCUUUUAUAUUCUCCAUAGCAUACACUACCUCCUCCCCUUCCAUCCGGUUGGCAAGAUGUUCUUUUUCCCCUUUGACAACCUCCUCUGCAUCCUCCUGGGAAUCUCUUUCACGGUAUGGUUCACCCUGCUACUGGUCUUCAUCAUCGUGCCCGCCAUCUUUGGGGUGUCCUUCGGGAUUCGCCGGCUGUACAUGAAAACUCUGCUGAAGAUCUUUGAGUGGGCCACGCUGAGGAUAGAGAGAGGAGCAAAAGAAAAUAAUCAUCUCAUAUACAAGCCCUACUCUAAUGCCAUCAUUGCCAAGGAGCCCACCUCCCUGGAAGAGGAGAUCAAAGAGAUCCGACGCAGCGGCAGCAACCGUGACCUGGACUCCGCUUCCGAGUUCGAGAUGUCCGACAUCUUUUACUUCUGCCGGCGGGGCGUGGAGAGCAUCAUGGACGACGAGGUGAUCAAGCGCUUCUCCGCCGAGGAGCUGGAGUCCUGGAACCUGCUGACGCGCAGCAACAACAACUUCCAGCACAUCAGCCUGAGGCUGACCGUCAUGUGGGGGCUGGGCGUGCUCAUACGCUACGGCUUCCUGCUGCCACUCAGGGUAACACUGGCCUUCACUGGGGUGGGCCUUCUGGUGGUGCUGACCUCCAUCAUCGGGUUUCUUCCCAACGGAAGGAUGAAGAACCUCCUGAGCGAGAAGGUUCAUCUGAUGUGCUACAGGAUCUGCGUACGAGCGCUCACUGCCAUCAUCACCUAUCACGACAGUGAGAACAAGCCCAAGAAUGGAGGGAUCUGUGUGGCCAACCACACCUCCCCCAUCGAUGUCAUCAUCCUGGCCAGUGAUGGCUGCUAUGCAAUGGUUGGUCAAAUACAUGGAGGUUUGAUGGGAGUUAUUCAGAAGUCCAUGGUGAAGGCCUGCCCUCACAUCUGGUUUGAACGCUCUGAAGUAAAAGACCGACACCUGGUGGCUAAAAGAUUGAGCGAUCACGUCGAAGACAAGACCAAGCUUCCUAUUUUAAUAUUCCCCGAGGGUACCUGCAUCAACAACACGUCAGUCAUGAUGUUCAAAAAGGGCAGCUUUGAAAUCGGCUCCACAGUCUACCCUGUAGCAAUCAAGUACGAUCCCCGCUUUGGAGACGCCUUCUGGAACAGCAGCAAGUUCGGGAUGGUCAGCUACCUGCUGAGGAUGAUGAGCAGCUGGGCCAUCGUGUGCAGUGUGUGGUACCUGCCCCCCAUGAGCAAGGAGGAGGGAGAGGAUGCGGUGCAGUUCGCCAACCGCGUGAAGUCGGCCAUCGCCAGGCAGGGAGGUCUGGUCGACCUGCUGUGGGAUGGAGGUUUGAAACGAGGAAAGGUAAAAGAUACCUUUAAAGAGGAGCAACAGAAGCUAUACAGCAAAAUGCUCGUAGGAACACAAGAGGACCGGAGUCGUUCUUGAGGAGAAACCCCGUCUGGAGACGGGGCGGAUCCCUCUCACUGGGCACUGCCGGACUGACGGUCUGCUCUCCACGGGAGGGUCGAAACCUCCCCCCUCCCCCCCCCCCACCCUUGACGUCAGGAAUCUCCCGUUGCUUCCUUGGUCCUUGCCUCCGCCUGGCAUAUCAUGUCCUCAUAACUGUCCCACUCCAGUCCGAGCUUAACUCUCCCCGUGUUGUCUUGGGUCGACGGUGGACUUUCUCGCUGUGGCGCACAUGGAGAAAACGGCGGCGUCUUCCCUCAUGACGGACCGUCUUUUUGCGAGACAAAUGUAUUUGUCCCUUUUUGUUUUAAUUUUUUUUCUUCCAUGUUUUGUUGUUGUUAGUGUUAUGCAGUUAUUCUUGCAAUGGUUCUAAGCAGCUGUUAUAUGACCAGAGACAGAGGUGGGGUACAUAAUAGUGUACUGGUAAAGGGUGUAUUGAAGGGAAACUGGUGACGAUGUCAGGAAGUGAAUGUCUUGCAAUCUGCCACGUUUACGUCACUCAUGCCAUGCUCAGUUUGUAUUUUUUAUUGUUGACUUCUGUUUCAAGCGUUUAAAUCCCCAUGUAGAAUAAUCAAAGCACAGGGGAGCCUGGAUUCUGUGUUCAUUAGUGCUUCUCUCCAUGGAAUGUGGAGAUUUGUUCACGUUAUGAAAUGGAGAAGGGUGUCACUCCGUGGCAGGGAUAGGGGUCUGGUCCUCUCUGUAUGAAACAUGUUACAGACCCCCUCCCGCCCCUCCUCCUACUGUGCCAUUGAACUGGGAGGCUUUCUAAGCCCCCCCCCCCCCCCCCCCCCCAUAUGUUUCAGAAACAGAUUAGCUUUCUUACUAAGCAGCAAACUAAUUUCAAUUAACGUCCCCACUUGUUAGUUACGACAUGGUUGUAACGUGUCGUUACCCCUUAUGUAUGUGAUGUAAAAUAUAUAAACAUGCCCCCCCCACCACCACAAAACCUAAUAAUUUAUUAAUACUUCCCCUUCUUAAACGGACCUCUGGGCCUCGUCUAUUGUAGGAAUCGUCUUGCCAAAUCCUUUUGACCUUCCUCUGCUCUUGUUUUCGUGUGCCAUCUUCCCCCCUGCUUGGCGGCACCUUGGUGGAGUGAGAGCGUAGCUAGUUCUCUCUGUGUUCUGAGGCAGUGCAGGGAGAUGUCGAGAGAGAUUGUACUAUGCCUCUUUAAUCAUAGGUCGUUCUACCAUCGUGACCUGUACCGGGCAAGGGUAUAGAUGACAUGUAACCAAUACACACAAAAAAGAUUCCAAGGAGGAGCAAAUUUGAUUGAUUUGGAAAGAUCGCAUUGAGAUUUGUUGAUGCUGGCAUUCACUUGGGUCCUUUCAGGAUUCCUGUUUUGUAUACAAACAAACAGUAGGCAAAGUAAGACUUUGGACCCACUGAGACAGCCAAA